GAUGGUCAAUUAAUUCAGCAUGUUAAAGGUGCCGUAUUCGCCACUGAACAUGAAGAUGAAAACGGAGCAGAAUGCAUUAUACGUCUUGUGAAAAUGGCUAAGUCAUACGGUGAAUUUCUGCAAACAUGUGGUAGGAAGUUAGAGGAAGAUAAAUUCCUUUCCAUUGAUAAAGUAAGUUUCAUAUACACACACAUGCAUACACAGUAUAUUUCUCAUGUGUAGAAAUUUCUGAGUGUAAUGUCACACGACAAGAAGACUGUGUACAUACUCUUAUUAAACCAAUGAUUAUCACUCUUUUAGGAAUAUGUCAGCGACCAAAGAGUAGAUACAAUGUUCCCACUGGAUGGAACGUCAGUUUCAAGGUACCUUCAACAUCCAUAGGAGAACAUUUAGGAUAUAUACAAUCCAGUCGAUCUGUUGACAUGGAUGAGAUAAGUCUACCGGGUGACGGUGAUUACGGUUAUGACGGUGAUCCCACAGACGUCUUCGAUUACUUCAUUGCUGGAAAAUAUGAUCCAGUAGAGCGAAAAGUGACUUCCUGGGAUCUCCUAUUGGCAAGCGAGUUGAAUCUCAAACUAUACAAAAAGCGAUCAAACUCAUAUCACAAUGCCUGAAAAUGACUAUCACUAUCACUGUUAUAUAAUAAUAAUAAUAAUAAUUAUU